GGAUUUGCACCGAAGUGUAAGUUAUCUCAUGAUUGAGGGGAAAGGGAGAGAAGGCAUGAAUGGUUACUGAGUUUUUCGAACAGUCUCCCAGCAAAUCAAGACAUUCAAACCGGAUCCGAUAUUCGUGCCAGAGAACGCAUCGGAGUUCUGGAGCUCGGAGACGCAGCAGGCAUGGCUCGAUAUUGUUCCUAGUACGUCCAUCCAUUCACCCACCCCCUCUCGAAUGAAUACAUCGAGAUGCCGAAAAAGAUGAAGAAGAAGAAAUACACUAACAUACCAUUCUUCUCUCCAAACAGAAGCUCUAGGCUACGUCCGGAUCAACAACACCAAAGACCACGACAACCUCCCCUCCCCCAUCCACGACUACGCCGACCAAGCCGUCUUCACGACCUCCAUGACGCACCAACUACACUGCCUGCACACUAUAAUUGACGCGUACACCACGCUCAACGUGACGCGGGACCCCUCUCGCAUCGAGUAUCCCUGGCACGUCACCCACUGCUUCGAGUACAUCCGGCAGGCGAUCAUGUGUACGGGGGACGUCGCGCUCGAGGGCGCUGCUACGACCUUCCCGCUCGGAGAGGACGGCGAGGAUCUCGGUGGUAGUGAUGGCUGGGAUGCGAAGCAUGUUUGUAAGGAUUAUGGGGAAGUGCUUGAGUAUUUGAAUCGGGAGGCGGUUGAUCAAAAUAAGUGGAUAUGAUUGCGAGGCAUCGGGAUGUCCGGUUGGUGGUUAGAUGAAUAGGUCC